GGGAGGGGGGGCUAUCAUGGUGUUACAUGCCCAGGAGGAAGAGGAAGAUCGCGAUGAAAGUGGUUGUGAAGAAGAAGAGGGACGGGAAGAUGAAGAUGAAGAUUCGGGCAGUGAAGAAAGCGUGGUAGACUCAGACUCAGAUCCUGAAGAGAAGGAGGUGAACUUCCAAGCUGACCUGGCCGACUUGACCUGUGAGAUCGAGAUCAAGCAGAAGCUGAUCGAUGAGCUGGAGAACAGCCAGCGCCGACUGCAGACUCUGAAGCACCAGUAUGAGGAGAAGCUGAUCCUGCUACAGAACAAGAUCCGGGACACCCAGCUCGAGCGGGACCGAGUGCUCCAGAACCUCA